AAUCACUUUUUUCAUUCUCUCAUUCAGUGAAGGAUGAGGAAAUUGCAAGCAGAAUAUGUACCUUUCAUUAAGUGAUUGAACUGCCUCCCACCUGAUUGACCUCAAAAAUUUUUUAAAAUGUGGUCAUCUGAUGGAUAAAACCUUUAAAGAAGGAAUUAUUUUAAUGUUUUUCAGAAUAGUUUCUGGUUAAAAUUCUUGGCUUGAGAAGAAAAGAAGCUAGUUGUUUUCCCCCCAGGAGUGGAUUUGUGGUUCGGAUUCCCCAUGGCUUCCUGCCGCGCCUGUGACCUCAAAGUGCUGGUGGCCACUGUGUGUGGGUUGCUGACUGCUGUUGUUUUGGGACUGGGCAUCUGGAGGUUGGUGAUCAGGAUCCAGAGAGAAACGCUUACUCCCCCAUCAAGCAUCCCUGUAGAGUUCUGCAGGAAUGGUGGAACCUGGGAAAAUGGCAGAUGCAUUUGUCCAGAAGAGUGGAAAGGACUGAGAUGUACAAUCACUAAUUUCUGUGAAAACAGUACCUAUGGGAGUUUUACUUUUAACAGAAUUCCAGUGGGAAGAUAUGGAUCUUCCUUGCAAACAUGUGACAAGAACACUCUAAAUGCGGGCAAUCCAGUGGCAACCCGGUUGUGCAGUCUUAAUAUAUAUGGAGAGAUAGAAUUGCAAAAUGUGACAAUAGGAAAUUGCAAUGAAAACUUGGAAACCCUGGAAAAGCAGAUAGUCAACAUCUCAACACAGUCUCAAAAUAUUUCUGAUGAAACCCGGAUUUUAACGUCUGAUGCCAGUAAAUUAACUCCUGAGAACAUCACUUCUGCUACUAGAGUGGUUGGACAGAUUUUUAACAAAUCCAGAAAUGCUUUGCCUGAGGCAAAAAUAGUGGCUGUAACAACAGUGAGUCAACUUCUGGAUGCCAGUGAAGAUGCUUUUCAAAGAGCUGCUGCUACUACUAAUGAUGAUACCUUUGCAACGCUUAUUGAGCAAAUGGAGACUUAUUCCUUGUCUUUGGGCAACACUUCAGUGGUGGAACCAAAUAUAGCAAUACAGUCUGUUAACUUCUCUUCGGAAGAUUCUGGGGGGUCUACAGGUGUUCUCUUCACUGUGCUGAAAGGAGCUAGUGGUUCUCUGGUUUCUGGUUCCACACUUCUAAAUACAAAUGUGGACAAACUAAAUCUGAAUGAACAGGCUGAACUUCAGAUCUUGCUCAACACUUCAAAAACUAAUGCCAAGGCAUGUGGCUUUGUAGUGUAUCAAAACAACAAGCUUUUCCAAUCAAAAACUUUUAUAACUAAAUCAGAGUUUAGUCAGAAAAUUGUCUCAAGCAAAACUGAUCAAAAUAUGGAAAAUCAAAAUGCUUCUGUUGAAAUGGCCUUUAGUCCAAGGUACAACCAAAAAGAAUUCCAGCUUCAUUCCUAUGCCUGUGUCUACUGGAAUUUCUCCAUGAAGGACUGGGACACGUAUGGCUGUCACAAGGAAGGAUUUGUUGAUGGAUUCUUGCGCUGUCGCUGCAACCAUACUACCAACUUUGCUGUAUUAAUGAGUUUCAAAAAGGACUAUAAAUAUCCUAAAUCACUGGACAUAUUAUCCAAUUUUGGAUGUGCACUAUCCAUCACUGGUCUGGCUCUCACAAUUAUAUUUCAGGUUGUCACCAGGAAAGUCCGAAAAACCUCAGUCACCUGGGUGUUGGUCAGUCUGUGCGGGUCCAUGUUGAUUUUCAACCUCCUCUUUGUGUUUGGCAUUGAAAACUCCAAUAAGAACCAACAGACAAGUAAGAGUGACACUGAUAAUAUUGACCUUAGUAGUAACGAAAUGCUCAGAGAGGACAUCAUUUUCGUCUCAAACCCCAAGUGCACUGUGAUUGCUGCCUUGCUGCACUAUUUCCUGUUAGCGACAUUCACCUGGAUGGGCCUCAGUGCUGGCCAGCUCUAUUUCCUUCUAAUGAGGACCAUGAAGCCUCUUCCUCAACAUUUCAUCCUUUUCCUCUCUUUGAUUGGAUGGGGAGUCCCGGCAAUAGUGGUGGCUCUGACCGUGGGCAUUAUUUAUUCUCAGAGUGGGAAUAAUUUACAAUGGGAGUUAAACUACCGGCAAGAAGAAAUCUGCUGGCUGGCAGUUCAGGAAGGCAAUGAUUUUAUAAAAAGUCCAUUGUUGUGGUCAUUCAUCGUACCUGUGACCAUUAUCCUCAUCAGCAACAUUGUUAUAUUUAUUGUCAUCGCAGUCAAAGUGCUGUGGAGGAAUAACCAGAAUCUGACAAGCACAAAAAAGGUUUCAUCCCUAAAGAAGAUUCUUAGCACAUUAUCUAUUGCAGUUGUUUUUGGAAUUACCUGGAUUCUGGCAUAUUUAAUGCUAAUGAAUAAUGAUGACAUCAGGAUCAUCUUCAGCUACAUAUUCUGCCUAUUCAACACUACGCAGGGAUUGCAAAUUUUUAUCCUCUACACUGUCAGAACAAAAAUCUUUCAGAAUAAAGCUUCCACAGUGUUGAAAUCAUUGUCAUCAUCUGCUGGGAAAGUGAAGGUGCUGCCGUCAAUGAGCCCACUGCGGCUGCGUGUCAGGAUGUAUAACAUGCUCAGGUCAUUUCCAGCCCUAUACGGACGCUUUAGGCUGCUGGAUCCAUCUGUACUUACUGAGGAAAUGACAGACCCUGAAAGUGACCAAGCAGAUGGACAGUAAAACUCUUACCUUUUGUGGUCCUCUUUCUAUCCAUCGCAUGUUGAGUUUUACUUUUCCUGUUUCCUUCCUUUAGUACACAGUCUUCCAGGGGGGUCUCCCUCAGUAUAUUUUGCUCAAAGUUGAGAAUCCAGUAAAACCUGUUGUCUGUUAUCAUCAGGGAUAAUGGAUUUGGUAAUUUCUCUCUUAGUCAAUAGAUUCUUAUACCAAUGAAGUGAAGACUCCACUCAGCUUUCAAGAAUAUUCAAAAUUAUCAUUGUUCCUCGUACAUAGUCUGUGUGAGAAACUUUGCUAAAAAUAUUGAACCUAAAAUACAUUAUUUUGCAAUUUAUUAAAAAAGACAUGAAGAGAAGAAUUUACCCUCCAGAACAAAAUGACUCUUGAUAAACACUGCAGGGAAUGGCUUGUAUGUAUCAUACUUCUGAUCUGUGCAUAUUUUAAAUUUUGUAUGUGCUUAUACUUUUAUUUCCAGUUAAGACUUUUGUACCAAUUUAACCUUUGGAAAUGGCUUUUUUUUUCUGCUAAAAAAUAUGUUUUAUGACCAGAGGAAUUGACUCCAUGAGAAAUGGGCAGUAAGACAUUUAAAAAAAUAUAUAGCUGGUUGCUAAAGCCUCUGGAUAUUUCCUUCCAGUUCUUGAUAUCUGCCCUUGAUGAAAUGACAGUGAGACUCAAAAUAUGGAAACUUAGUUACAAUCACCCCUUAUAGCUUUUAAAAGAUCUAGCUGCUCCUGGAGUUUCAAAUACUUGAAUCAUGAAAGGCUUCCUAAAUAAAAAAUGACCUCUUCUGGGUGGGGGAGAACUCUCGCUGGACUUGGAGAUAGAGUCUUUUAGUUGGUGUGCUCUGCUGUAAAUUGGGCAGCUGCUGAACUGAACUAAGGGACUCAAAUGUCAUGUGAGCUGUGGCACACCCUUACCACACUCUAAAGAACAUGGUUUGCUUGUUUGUUCUAAUAGAAAUGGUUGUAAAUGACUGUUGGAUUUCUAGGUGAGCCAAGAGCCUAUUUUAUCUGUAGCUUAACUGAGACCUUACAGGAUAAUGGAAUAAAGUAAAAGGAAGAGAAUGUAGAAGUAAAGCAGUUCUCAGAGGGCAGUGUUUUCAGUGGUGUUCUAGUGCCAUCCCUAAAUAGGUGCUGGAUUUUGGGAAAAUUACAAGAUGUGGUUGACCUACUUUGUGCCCUGAAAUUCACAUUCAGAUGAAAAUAAACCUUAAGUAAAGGGCAUGUGUGUAUUUUCUUUUUUUCUUUUUUUUUCUUUUUUUUUUUUUUUUGCGUUUUAGGGCCAUGCCUGCAGCAUAUGGAAGUUCCCAGGCAAGGGGUCUAAUCAGAGCAACUCACAACUCAACCAGCCCUACACCACAGCAACUCAGGAUCCAAGCCACGUCUGUGACCUACACCACAGCUCACAGCAACACUGGAUCCCUGACCUACUGAGCGAGGCCAGGGAUCAAACCUGCAUCCCCACGGAUACCAGUCAGAUUCGUUUCCGCUGAGCCACGACAGGAUCUCCUAGUAAAGGUCACUUUAAAUGUGGGGGAAAAAAAGUAACCAAAGAACUACAUUAAGUCCGAGGGUGAAAUAUAUUGUUCCCUUGGUGGUUUUAGUUUUCAUUUUUUCCAUGAUUUGGGGGUAGAUCAACCAUAAUUCCAUACCAUGUUCCUGGAAUGGCUGUACCAGAAAUGUGGAAGCUCCACAUGCAUGUUGUGGAGUUAAGUCAGGUGGGCAGUACUGUUCCCCUGCCUACGCUGAAAUCCUGCCACUUGGAAAUAAUUCUAUUUUUUUUUUGGCUGCACCUGGAGCAUGAGGGCAUUCCCAGGCCAGCGACUGAUCCCCUGCCACAGCAGCAACUUGAGCUGCUGCAACCAGAUCCUUAACCUGUUGUACCACAAGGGAACCCUGGAAAUAAUUCUACUGAUUUAAGCCUUCACCUCAUACACUGGUCAGGAAUUUUAGUUUUUAGUGAGGGAGAUGCAACUCCAAUUAGGUUAAGAGUCAGAGUUUAAUGGUUCAAUUCAUCGUAAAGUGUAGGGGCUGAGUUGAGUUUAAGUGAGUUGACUGUAUGUUUUGGUUUGUCUGAGCCAGUCCCAAUUUGUUCCUAUUGUCCUGACUUAAGUAUUACUAGUAGCCCCUUUUAACUCUAGUGUCCUGCUUUGGACCACUAACUUUGUAUUUAGAGUUUAAACUCAGUGAGUUCAAAGAACAUGUCAGGAUUCUCUUUUUCUCUCCCUGUUUUCUUGGCUUUGUCCUUCCAUGUUUAGCCUCAUCCUCACAUUGGGUUUUAAUGGCUGGAAACUGGCCAUUAGCAUCCCCCUCCUCCUGCCCUGCAGGUUGCUAUCAGUGUCCCACUGGCUGCAGCCAGCCAGAAGCCACUUGAGCCAGGAAACUGCUGUUCAGUCCCCUCUGAUACAGUGCACAGCAGGGGCAGGGAGAGGAAAGGACCAAGAACUGGCAUACCUUCAUGGCUUCUGUGCCCACAGGCAUUGUAUCCAGAGACUGUUGAUUCAGACUGAGUCACAUACUCACUGUGAAGUGGAGGGCUGGGGAAAUGACCUGGUUGACAGGAUACCCUGAGUGGAGAGUUGACAGUUACACCAAGGACAGGAAGCUGGCAGCAAAGCAUAGAGGUGCUUUCGCUGUAUCUCCAAAAUACAAGGGCAUCCUGGGAAAACAACUUCUUGCAGGCUUUUUAGUCUUACUUUGAGCGAGCCUCUUAGGUCCUUAUUUGAGCAGGGUUUGAAUGGAGUGGGUAAGGAAAGCAUGAAAUUAUUUGGUGCCUUGGAAUUUGAGAAGUAAGGACAGGGACUAUAAGGGCUGAAGGGUAAUUUUAUUGGAAAAGAAAUUUUCAUGAAAGGAAGACUCAGAGUACUGCAGAACUGGUUUUCAUGAUAUUCUGUGAAUACACUGUUCCCUGUUUCUGAUAUAUUUCAUGUGAUAACAGUACCCUAUGUCCUUUUUGGUUGUGUCAGCACAUGUAGUUUCUUCAGGGAACAACCAUCCUGACCUUUGGGUUUCCUUUCCUGGGUCUUUUUAAAAUUUUCAUUAUUUUUUUUAAUUUUAAUUUUUUUUUUUUUUUUUUUUUUUUUUUUUUAGGGCUGCACCUGCAGCAUAUGGAAGUUUCCAGGAUAGGGGUCCAUUCGGAGCUGCAGCUGCUGGCCUACACCACAGCCACAGCAACCUUUCUCAGGUCUUAAUAGUUCAGGGGUCACUGUUUAAUCCAGUUAGAGUCUGGAUUGCUUUUUCUCUUACUUACUUCUUAAAUUUUGAAGUUUAUCUUGCCUCUCUCUCUUUUUUUUUUCCCCUGUAACCAACAAAGGGAGGUCAUUCUCAAGCUCAAUUGCUAUCAAUUUGUCAUUGCCUUAUUCAGAAGAGCUUGGCAUUCUUUGCCAAUGCUUGGAAAACCUGGGCCAAAAGUGCUGACUGGAUCAUACUAGCCUGUCAAACACUGGAGUCUCUGGCUCUGUGGAAUCCCCUUACUGUGACCCUGGGACCUUUAGUACCUGGUUCCUCAGAUGAGGUCCAAUACAGAGUCACCAGGAUUGGUUCUAUCCUGGGGGUGGCUGGGGUGGGGGGAACAAAUAUGGUGAUUAUAGGGGGAGGGUCCAGUUACUAAGAGAGGAAAUGGCUUCCUAUUUAUAUUUUUAAAACAUCAUGCUAACCAUUAUGGCAGUUUUAGAAGAUAUUUAUAAGUUAUAUUUUUCAAAACAAAAUCCAUAAUUCCCUAAUCCAUCGAUAAUGCCUGUUUUUCCAUUUUCCCUUAUACUCUUUAUUUGUAUGCAUAAAAAUUUAAAUAACUGUAAUUAUAGUAAGUGAAAUUUUAUUCUGAUUUUUGCUUACAAUCUCCUCAUUCUUAUAAUAAUUGCAUAAUAUGGCAUAAGUUACUAAGUUGUUCUAUUAUUGGAUAUCUAGAUCAUCUCAGUGUUUAAUAUUGUAGUGAAUAUAACUAAUAAACUGGUACAUAUAUUUUUCCUUUCUUCUUUUUUUUUCUUUUUUUUUUUUUUUGCCUUUUUAGGGCUGCACCUGCGGCAUAUGGAGGUUCCCAUGCUAGGGAUCUAAUUGGAGCUGUAGCUGCCGGCCUACACCACAGCUCACAGCAACGCAGGAUCCUUAACCCACUGAGAGAGGCUAGGGAUCGAACCUGAAACCUCCUGGUUCCUUGUCACAUUCGUUUUCACUGCUCCACAACGGGAACUCUUCCUUUCUUUUUAAUUAUUUUCUGAUGAUAAAUUCUCAAGAUUAGGGUAAACAUGUCAAAGGUGUGGACAUUUGGGAGUUCCUGCCGUGGCACAGUGGUUAGGAUCUGGCAUUGACACAGCUGUGGCUCAGAUUCAAUCUCUGGCCUGGGGACCUCCAUGUGCCAAAGAUAUGGCCAAAAAGAAAAAAAUAAAUAAAGAUAUGGGCAUUUGUUUAAGUUCCCUGUAUAUACUAUUAUAUAGUCUUGAAAAUAUUACACUAAUUUAUAAGGUCACCAACAUUUGGCCUACCAUAAACUUUUUUUUUUGGUAUACUGUUUACUUUGAUAUUUUAUUUUUAAAAUGAUUUGCAUGAGUUGUCCAUUUAUCGAUUGAACUGUUAUUUUUUCUCAUAAAUUUGUACGCAUUCUUUUCUAUUACAGUUAUUAGCCCUUUAAUUAUUACUUUUGGUGACAGUAUUUCCCCCCAGUGUAUUAUUUUCCUCUCUUUUUAAUAUAAUGAAAAUAUAUAUUUGAUUCAAAAUAUCCAAAAGAUUUAUGGAGCAUUUAGCAUUUCUUGCAUUUAAAUGUCUUUAUAUAGGCAGAGUAUAUUUCUUUUUGUAUUAAGGAAUAUUUUAGAAACUUCUAAAAUGAAGAACAAGGGCUUAAAUAUGCCAACUGAGAGCAAAUGAAUCAUGUUGGCAGACACAUGACAUCUCUCCCCCUUCAUUAUAUUGACUGCAAUUGUGUGGAGUUCCAUGACAGUUAUUUUUUCUCCUCAAAUGUGCUUUCUGUCUUUUUGUGUCCAUCCACCUUUUGUUAAAAAUGAAACACUAAACUUGGAGGAGAUUAGCAAUUAUUUGUUUACAUUUUGGUUGUUGGAAAUAAUUUGCUGUUUGCUUACAUUUUUUAUUUUUAAAAUUAACUUUAUUGACAUAUAUUUACAUACAAUAAAAGGCACCCAGAUUAAGUAUAUACUUAGAUGAGUUUUAACAAACGUGUACCCCUGUGAAACCACCACCCUAAGAUUAAGAACAUUUCCUUCACCUUGUAAUGCACCCCUUCCCAAAACCCUUCCCCCAUCCCUGGUCCUGGCGGCCACUGAUCUGCUUUCUAUUACCAUGUAUUAGUUUUGCCUGUUCUGGAAUGCCACGUAAAUGGACCAAAUCCUUUUUUGAGUCUGGCUUCUUUAACUCAGUAUGGUGUUUUUGAGAUUCAUCCAUAUUGUUUAUAUCAGUGGUUUGCUAAUUUUUAUUGCUGAGUAGAAUUCGGUUGUUCGGAUAGACCACAUCUUGUUUAUGUAUUCACUGGUCGAGGGACAUUUGGUCAUUUCUAGGUUUUGAAAAACAUGAAUAAAACUGAUAUAAA